AUGCGUUCAUCCACACAGUUGACAGCGCUUUACUGGGUUCACCUCGUCAUUUACAAUGUAUUCUUUCACCCGCUCGCUUCGUUUCCUGGCCCAUUUUGGGCAAGAGCCUCCUUUCUCUAUCCUAACAUAUUGGCCUCAGAUAUGGCGAAUGUGGCAUACUUCCACUGGCCGUGUUCAUCGCGCCAUCGAAUUUCAACACAAUCUUCAUGGUGGGCGCUCACUGAUCCACCUAUUUAUUCUAACAUCAUUAAUCCAGGACUUCGUCUAGGAGACAUAGUGAGGAUCUCUCCCAACGAGCUUUCCUUUGCUUCUGUCGAGUCUUGGAAAGCAAUUUAUCAGCCAAAGAGCGCACCUCUGGUCAAGAGCGAGUUCUAUGAGAUUUAUGGAUCCGGGUUCAACUCGUUGUGCAUUGGAAGUGAGCGCAACCCGGAAACUCAUAGUAGAAUGAGGAAGUCACUCGCGGCUGCGUUCUCCACAAAAGCCCUUUUAGAGCAAGAGGAUAUAAUUCAGGGGUGUGUGAAUGAUUUCAUCGAAGGGAUUCGGUCGCAGACAACAGUUAACUUCACCAAGUGGUUUGAGAUGCUCGCCUUUGACAUCCUUGGCGAAAUGGCGUUUGGGGAAUCGUUCCAUUGUAUUGAAAACAGUAAGGGAGAUUCAAAUAUUGCCUCUCACCCUUCGAUUAUUGCUGUAUUCCGACUAAUUGAGCAUCUUUAUUUUAUCACUAUUUUGGAUAAUUUACGCCGAUAUCCACUAAUUGCAGCGAUUGGGAAAACCAUCUUGCCACAUUUGACCGUCAGUGUUCGCAAUAAACAUACGAAUUACAGUCGUCGAAAAGUCGCCCAUCGGCUGCAGAGUUCAUCACCUCGUGCAGACUUCAUGUCGCGCCUGAUUGCCAAAGUGGAAGAUGAGGAAAUGGAGAUGGAGGAGCUGACAGCACACGCGUCCACUCUUGUGUAUUUGACAUGGAAGGGGGGGGAAAGCAUAGCUGGAGGUGAAACGGUAGCUACCUUUCUGGCUGCCGUGACAUAUCAUUUACUUUCAACUCCGAAUGCGUAUCAGAAGCUGCGCGAUGAGAUUCGGGCCCGUUACAACCACCUAUCUGAAAUAACUUCGACCACAGCAUUACAACUGCCUUAUCUUCAAGCGGUCAUAUCUGAAGGACUACGGAUCUAUCCGCCAGGAUCUCAGGGAUUCCCGCGGAAUACUCCACCCCAAGGCAUUGUGGUCAAAGGAACAUAUGUGCCCGGAAAUGUGGAGGUAUAUACAUCCGCAUGGACAGUCACCCAUGAUGCCCGCUACUUCCAUGAUCCUUACACCUUCAAACCAGAACGCUGGCUUGACCCUAACUGUACCGAUAAUAAAGACGCUAGCCAGCCUUUUUCGCUCGGCCCAAGAGGAUGUCUCGGUCGAAACUUCGCGAUUGUGGAAAUGUCCCUCAUCCUAUGCAAGUUACACUUUCAGUUUGAUGCUGAGCUUGUUAAUCCAUUCCAAGAGUGGGAAUCGGCGAGCCAGCUGCAUGUUAUGUGGUGGAAGCCAGAUUUGCCUGUGAGGUUUAUUCCCUGCACUAGAGACCAUUGA